AUGACCCUGGGUAAUUCUUGGCACCACCUCAUGUCUUUUACGCAGGAGUAUGCUGUGAGGUGCGCGCUGACCGGUCACGAGCUGCCCUGCCGUCUGCCCGAGCUCCAGGUCUACACCAGCGGCAAGAAGUACCGGAGGCUGGUCCGCGCCUCCCCGGCCUUCGACUACGCGGAGUUCGAGCCGCACAUCGUGCCCAGCACCAAGAACCCGCAUCAGCUGUUCUGCAAACUCACCCUGCGGCACAUCAACAAGUCCCCAGAGCACGUACUGAGGCAUACUCAGGGCCGGCGCUACCAGAAAGCUCUGCAUAAAUAUGAAGAGUGUCAGAAGCAGGGUGUGGAGUACGUGCCCGCCUGCCUUCUGCACAAGAGGAGGAGGAGGGAGGACCAGAUGGAUGGUGACAGGCCACCCCACCUGAGAGCAGCCUUCUGGGAACCUGAGUCCAGCGAUGGGGACGGCACAGCUCCGAGUGACAGUGACGACAGCAUGGCAGACCUGUACCCACCCGAGCUGUUCACCAAAAAGGACCUGGGUGGGACUGAGCACAGGGACAAUCCUGAUGACCUUUUGACAGAUGAUGACGAGAAGCCAAGAGAAGAGAUGGAAGUGUCCCGGGAGCUGGCCCUCAAACGCAGGAAGAAGCAGUUGGGCUCGUCAUCAAAGAAGUUCAAAAGCCAUCACCGCAAACUGAAGCGCUUCGGCUCCUUUAAGCAGUCGGGUUAAUAAAAGUUUGCCAGAGAAAACACA